AUGCUACGUUUAGAUGAAAUUCGAACCGGUACUUACAAGCAGUUAUUCCAUCCGGAACAAUUGGUUACGGGCAAAGAGGAUGCAGCAAACAACUAUGCCCGUGGUCACUACACUAUCGGUAAAGAACUGAUCGACGUUUGUAUGGACAGAAUCCGUCGUCUGGUCGAAGCAUGCAGAGGUCUUCAGGGCUUCCUCAUAUUCCAUUCAUUCGGUGGUGGUACAGGCUCUGGAUUCACAUCAUUGCUAAUGGAACGAUUAACGGUUGAUUACGGUAAGAAAAGUAAGCUGGAAUUCUGCAUCUACCCAGCACCUCAGGUUUCUACUGCAAUGGUCGAACCGUAUAAUUCCAUUCUCACAACACAUACUACUCUUGAACAUUCGGAUUGUUCUUUUAUGGUGGACAAUGAAGCCAUUUAUGACAUCUGUAGAAGGAAUUUGGACCUGGCACGACCCACUUACACGAAUCUAAACCGUCUGAUUGCUCAGGUGGGUGAAAGAAAAAUGAUCUGGAUGCUUCUCUCGCAGUUUAUCUCAUUUUGCUCAUAUUCACAACGGUAG